AUGAGCAAUCUCACAAUACCCGCAGGUUCAGAUCUCUGCCAACUCCCUGCAGCUAUACCUCCUCCCGGUGUCGUCCCUAAUUUCGUCAACCCUGAAUCACUUGCGGGAGGUAUCGUCGCAACCGCGGUGGUCAUGCUCACAUGGUCGUCAAUAUUUGUUGCUGUACGGAUAUGGAUGAACUGGCGCAAUUUCAAGUUGGUAGACUACUUUGCCAUCAUCGGCUGUAUUCUCAAUGCGGCCUAUACAGGACUUCUUCUGUCAGUAAAUAGGUAUGCACGGCACCAGUGGAAUGUCCCUAUAUGCUGGUACACUGCAACAUACAUGAAGCUCAUCUUCUCAUUUGGCAUGUUGCUUGGUCCAGCCAUCUUCUUCUCCAAGGCUGCCAUCUUGCUGCUCUAUCUUCAAAUCUUCUCCGCGCAUAGGGCCAUGCGCAUAUCCGUCUAUAUUGUUAUGGUUCUCCUCGUUCUCGACUACUGGGCCGGCGAAUUUCUCGAGAUUGCCUUUGCGGCGCCACGACCUGGUGAGAACUGGACAACACUCUUGACCAAUGGGAAUCCCGGCAAGCUCGUAUAUUGGGGACCUGUUCAGGGGGGGUUGGCCCUCUUCAUCGACAUAGCCAUCUUCGUACUACCACUACCGAUACUGUGGAGGCUCAACAUGCCCCUCAGAAGACGCAUUGCCUUGUGCGCCGUCUUCUUCACUGCCUUGAUGGGAGUUAUCGCCAGUAUCAUUGCACUUUGGGCUCGUGUUAAGUUGCUUGGUACGCCGGACCUCACCUGGCUAGAAGCCCAACUCUUUAUUUGCAUCAUUGUCGAAAACAACGUCGCCUUGAUAGGCUGUUGCGUGCCCGCCUUCAAGAAUAUGUGCAAGAAGCACAUCGCCCCAAGUCGUGCAUGGAAGGCAUUUAUAUCCAUAAUACGCCGCAGACACCGCAGCGCAGGCGGCGACGAAGGAGGCGAUAGAGACAUUGAGAAGGGCGGCAACGGACGUUGUGGUGGCCCUCAACUUGCCCAAGGCAAUGUAAACAGGGACAACUCCAAAGAGUCGACCUAUGAGAACGAGGUUGCUUCAGAGGGAAAUCUCGAGAGCUUCGUAUCUCACGGACAAGGUGCCGGCAGUUACGAAUCCAGCAGCUAUUCGUCACGAGUAGUGCAGAUUCAGGGAGGCGUCAAAGACGAGAAUGGAGUACCCGAGUUGGCAAAUACGGCUGCAAAUGGAAUCGUCCGAAACGUUGAUAUUACGCAAGAGGUUCAUCCCGAGCAUAUGGAUUAG